AUGAUGGCUGUGGAAGUUCGUCCGGCGAGUGCCGGCCCGGAGACACGCCGGUCACCGGCCGCCGACCGUAGAGCGCUCAGCGCCGAUAACGAGCCUCGCACCUUGGCUGCUAGGAAGGCUUAUCCUGAGGAGCCAGCUUCUCCGAAACCAGAACCAGAGGAAGACGAUGCCCCAUUAGACUUGACUGUACGCAAAGAGAUUUCUGUUUGCGAAUUCGCGCGUCACUCGUUCGCGGACCCUUCUGACUAUGUGAGGACUCAGAUGAUCCUGAGGCAGUCGCAGGACUACCUGGCGUCCGGCAGGGACUCCGGCACGGAAUCGGAUGACUCCACCGGACGCCUCAGCCCUGGCGAUGAUGCUAUCUCAGGGAAAGCAUACAAGAAAUCGCUCAUGAAGAGAUACACGCGUUAUCAGCGCCACAAGUUGAAGGAUCACUGUCAGCUGCGGCAGUAUACAUGUGCAGUAAAUAGAGCUGGCCACGAACAUGUUCGCAGCCGAGUGCCGCGACACGUGCUCGGAGCAUCUCAGCUUAUCUUGUGUAAAAAUGCAGUGAAUAUUUUAGAUAAAUCCAGCCGGUACAUUCGGCCGGCGCCUCGCAGCGCGCGCAUGACGCGCCCCAUACAUAGAUUACAAUGCGCAGUGAAGGUGAGCACAAUAACAUGCGGGAAACCCGACGACAUUUUUGUAUUCAAUAUUGUAAUACGGUCAAUGUUACCACAAUUUUGCAUAGACUCGUUCCUCCUGACGCAACAAUAUAAUAUUUUAGUGGCUUCGGGGUUCCACCUCGGGCCCAAUCAGGUCAUGCAAACAGUGCAGUGCGUGGCAGCUAGUCAGACGGGAGCAGUGUCUGUGAUGUCACCGCGGCCUGCUUCCGGCCUGCGCCCACGCAACCAGACACACACAGGCGCUCGCGCACGUGCCGACAAUUAG